GGGCCUCUGGAGGGAGGCAAGGGGACCAGUGGUAUGGGUAUUUGUCGGGUGGGCUGGGUUUACACACAAACCCCCACGCAGACACACGUACUCCAAAAGGUGCUUCCAGUUCCAGACAAACUCUUCUUGCUUUCUAUACUCUGAACCUCCAUCAUAAACUCCCAACAGGCACAUUCUCAGACACGCCGUCCCACUUCUUCUCAGUGAUGCAUCUCCGUGGUCGUUUUGCUCCGUGAAGAUCGGCCCCGGCGCCGUAGGAGUGACCGUGGUUCCGCGCGUCUCGCUGGGGCUUAAUGGCCGUGCACGAAGCCCUAGAAAGCCAGGAUGCUGAGAAGGAGGAGGAGGAGGAGGAAGAGGAGGACACCGCCUGUGUCUUCUCUCCUCUGACAGAUGGCCCCGCGCCCAGAAACUCGCUCCGCGGGACGCAGCCAAAACGAUCCCGGGCUCGGACGCUGACGCUCCAUCGUGACACCAACCGGGGUCGGGGCGAUAUGUACGCUGUGUAUUAGAUGAAUCAAAUAUUGACCAGUCACUGCGCGCCUCCUCCAAUUUGCACCGUGGUGCGGCCGUCGGUCAGCUUCUACUUCUACUCCAUCUUUAAAAUCCGCAGUGAUACUUCUUUAAAAAUAAUCAGCUGACCUACUUUAAAUCUACUCUCAUCAGGGUUUUUUUUCAUGGCUCCGCGUAGAGGCUUCAGCUGUGGCUGCAGGCCGUUAGGUUUUCAGGGGGCGCGCGUCCGUCCCGUCCACUCUUAAAAUACCUCGGGAACGCAUGGAGGGCACAAGCCUCCACCCGGGCUGAUUAGAAUUUAAGUGGUUGGAGGUCCAAGUGGCCGUGACCUCUUUCUGCGUCACGCUGUCAUGAACGUGCGAUCUCACCAGCAGAUUUAGCGCGAACGGCCACUCGGACUCAACAAUGAACUCCUCCAGGCGUAUCCGUGGCGAUGACAUUUUGGAUAUGGAGGAAAACAGGUUGCUUUUUCUUAAAAAUAGAUGAAAUGUGGAAUUGUCACAAGAAGGAAUGAUCAGGCAAGUAUAUCCUGGUUCAUUGUGUUGGUUUCAUGGCCUGCCGGUCUGGUUGGAGUGAGACUGAGGAGCAUUCAGAUGUUCUAAGUUCCAACAGAAAGUGAGUUUGUCUAGUUCCGCUCUGUGAUUUGAACCGGAGCAGUUGUGGUUGUAAUGAACCGCUCAAGGAGGAUCUCAGGCUACUUCUCCUCGUGUCUCUCAGUCAAAUAUGAGUUACGCAUAUAUAAAGAUUCAGUGUGACUUACAGAUGCAGAAGACAUGAUGAUCCGAUUGUGUAAUAAACGUCCAUAAAUCCAAAUAUAAGUAAUGGAAAAAAGAUGCUCUUUAUACCUCCCGAACUUCACGGAGCUAUUGCAUAAUGGAAAAAUUGGUCUUGAUUAAAGUUUACAUAUUUGUCUCCCGUUAUUUACUCAGACACACAAACCAACACGUGACCGCCUGGAUUCCCUGAGCAGCUGUGAAGUAUUUGCAUUCGCAUUUGACUAUUUUUUUUUUUUUAGUCUCCCUUCAUCCAGCCGGAGGCAACAAACAUCAGCCCCCCCCCCCCUCCCCUUGGCUUUGACUUGAACGCUGCGUUCUGCCUCAUCACUGUUAAAGAGGAUGCACUUGAUGAGAUGGAAGAUAUGAAAAUUAAAAAACAAGGCUUUACUAUAAAGCCUCCUGUUGAGGGGAUGAAGUGCCUGAGCUGCUUUAGGAUCCAUAAAUGGGAAUUCUUGCACACGCACACACACUUUUUUAUUCAUUUUGCAAUUUUACAGCCGGGCAAAACAUUUUCAGUUCAGUUUCAGUUUUGCAAAGCGUGUCUACUCUUUUACCCUUUUAAAAGACACUUGCUUGCCUGCCACUGCCGUGCAUCCGCUUCAGGGGGGCGGGCUGAACGCUGCAUUGUGCAAGUAAAAUUAGCGAAGGUUCAUCCUCUACAUCUGCAUCUUUUAGAAAUAGCCUCAUUCCCAUUCAGCCACUGCUAAAUGUUAAUGUAUUGUAUCGCUAGAGGUACAAAGCGAAUUCACCCCGUUCUGUUCUGCAAGAAGAGGACGGCACCGCGUGACCUUAUCUUUUUGUUUCCGUCCCCUUCCUCGUACCACAUUCCGAACUAAGAAAAAUAUUCCUGUGGAGGAAAUGUGUUUGGUAGCAUGAUGUUCACACUGUGACAAGGACACCCAGCUGCAGAGGGGCGAGCCUUCUGCUGUGAGAGGGCUCAACACUGGCGACUCCGUCACCUCGACGAGUCGAGCGACGGGUUUACCAAGCCAAUGUUGGUCUCCAUGUCAUGCUCUGGUAAUGUGAAAACAAACCCAAACGCAUUGAAAGAAAUAAAAAGUAAACAGGAAAUUAUCUUAAAUGGCUGUUUAGGAUGUUCUUUCUCAAAAAGAGAACAAAAAAAGAGCAAAAAAAAUGUGAUUAGAUGAAAUAUCCUCUUUCUUUGCAUGCGUAGGUUAAUGCGCAUGCAUGUGGAUGGAUAUUUAUUAACUUUGAUGCAGAGUCUAACUUGUAAUUAGUCUCAAAUUUAACUGAAAAUUUCAGUAUUCAGUAAAGUUUUUUUGGCAGUUUGUAUUUAUUUGUUACUUUUUGUUUUGCCAUAUCAGGAAAACUAUUGUGACCACGUGCAGUUGUGGUUGACAAUGGAGGAUUUGUUUAAGUAAAAACCCACAUGUAUGACAUUCUACAAAAGUGCAAAAAGAAAAUUCACGUAAACAUGUAAAUCUUCUGAGUUGUUCCAUUGACGUAAACGGUUGGUGGAAGUAACCGGCCGUUUUCUCCACCUGUUCUGUUCCUUCACUUGACCAUCAGUGCUACACGCACUUUCCUCUAGUCCUCAUCGGUUUCUCAUUUUACAGUAGAGUGAAAUUUUAAAUCCAAUCUGAUGUCGGCAGUAGUCAAAGCUUUAGAGGUGACUUUUCGGGGUCAGGUAAUGGUCUGUAAUAUCAAAAUAAAAUAGUCCAUCGGCGGCCUUAAUCCAGAAAUGUCCCUCGCACGGAUCUUCCCAUGACAUUUGUUUUGAAUUUGGAGGCCUGGUGUUUGGAGCGUUUAGACUGCUGAAUAAAAAUGUGGAGGAGGGAGGACGCAUGGCAUUAAAGAACGGAGAGUGAUGUCAGAGAUGCUUGGACGUGUUGUGGACGUUUUCCAGAGCUGCUCUUAAAAACUAGAUUCCUGUGCCCAUUUUUGAAUUUCUUCUUUUAUUUAUCCUUAAACGUUUUCAAAUUUUCCAGUUUUUUUAUUCUUCUUCUCAGAAUGCAGCAGCAAUAGCACUCCACCUAUGCCGGAAAAAGUGGGACCCUGAAUGGGAGAAAGUGUGUUUUGAGAAUAUGAAGUAACUCCCUCCACCCUCUUCCCGUGAUCAAAUUAAAACACCAACCACUCACCCGGCCCCUCCACCUCUCACCGCUUUGCCAGCUGUGCAGCGACGGCUGCCAAAAGGAACACAAGCUUACGUCAACUUCCAAAUAAGGAGCUGCUACUUCACUUUGACCUGAGAGAGAGACACUACUGGGGUGUGGUGGUGGGGGGGUUGGGGGGUGUGAAGGAGGUGGAGAUAGAUGUGGAGAGAGUGUCCCCUCCUCCUCAUUGAUACGCAUGAUAUACCCAGCUACCUGUUUGUCAGCUCAGUGCACGUACGACAGAGACUCGAUCACCCCUCUCUCUCUCUCUCUCUCUACUCCGUCACUCUCAUUCAUCCUUUUUCUCCCCCUCUCUCUCUCUCUCUCUCUCUCUGGCUCCGGCUCUCCCCGUUUCCAGCCAUACACAACCGGAGGACAACACCACCUGCUACCAGAUCUUCACGCCGAGAAGAGUGAAGACUCAUGAAUUGAAUUGAGUUUACCGAGCGUCUGACUGGCCGAGCGCUUCGCGAUGGGACGCUUCAAGUUUGCCCGGCAGAGGACGUCCUCCACCACGCCGGACGUGUCACGGCUGCAUUCUUUGAUGCAGCCGUUGAACAUUUGACGGCAUCAUUCUGCCGUCAAGCCGUAAAGUUGAACCGAAAACAAGCGGAAAGUUAUGAGGCACUCUGAAGUGGACAUCAUUUCAUAGAAUUCACUCCAGUUCAUCUCCAGUUAAUGACUCGGCGUGCGCUCUGUAGCCGGACGCGGGCGGACGCAUCCCACGUGUCUGCCUGAGGCUGUCCUCCCAUUUUAUGGAGGCCUCGCAUAGUCGCCUCACGACUGGGGAGGAGGCCGGAGGUCAAGAGCGUCGUCAACCAGAGUCUCCUCACCGAGGGCCGCGGCCGAAGUCUCCCCCCCGGCCCCGGCGGCAACACCUGGCGGGCUCCCCGAAACCCCGUGGCACGCCGCAGCAGCCCAAACCGCCCCGGAGGCAGCAUCCUGAACGGAAGCGCCUCAGGCACCAGCGGCAGAGCGCCGAGUCGGACGCAGCGCUGGAACACAGUCAUGAGGGGCCGAAAGCGAGCGCAGUUUCCAGUCCGUCACCGGGCUCGGCGGGAGGCCCCCCCCGGUCCAAACCGGACAGCCAGGACGGCGACCCGAAACCGAAACGCGAGCGCAAGCCUCAGAGACCCGGCAAAUACGUCUGCACGUACUGCGGCCGCGCGUGUGCCAAGCCGAGUGUCCUACAGAAGCACAUCCGCUCACACACGGGGGAAAGACCUUAUCCCUGCGCCCCGUGUGGCUUCUCUUUCAAGACCAAAAGUAACCUGUACAAACACCGCAAGUCGCACACGCACAGGGUGAAGGCGGGUCUGGCGCCCGGGGAGCCGAGAACUUUGGAAGAGCAAGUCACCGAGUCGGAGGAUGAAAGCAGACAGCUGGUGUCGGCCUCUUCCCUCGCGGAAAGACAAAGCGGCGCGGCCUCAACCGAGAGCCGCGAGACCGACCGGGCCAAAGAUGGCGCCACGGGAAACGAAGACUCUCGGGCAGUGAAAAAGAGACUGGCCCUGCGUCUGAGUCGAGGGAAACCCGGCUCUGACGAGAAGACCUCGUCGCUCAUUUUAGGGAGCAAAGGCAGCACAGAAUCAGGCUAUUUCUCUCGCUCCGAGAGCACCGAGCGGUCACAGGACAGCCCGCCGAACACAAGUGCCAAAAGCUAUGCAGAAAUCAUCCUCGGCAAGUACGGGCGUCUCGGCCACCUGCAGCGGAUGUCCCGGCAACAUAACCAGCAGCCCUCUGGUCAGGAGGACAAAAACAUGGCAUUCACGGUCCCCAAGAAGCAGGUCAUUGAUCACAUCACCAAACUCAUCACCAUCAACGAGGCGGUGGUUGACACCAGUAAAAUUGACAGCGUGAAGCCGAGGAGAUUCUCCCUCUCCAGGAAGAAUAGUUCAGAGUCCCAGAAGAGUUCAUCCGUGAAAGACGCAUUAAUCCACAGCCCUAAAGCUGGAGACCCGAGUUAUAAAAGCAGUGGCUCCAUCACCAUGGGAGUUCCGUGUGAAAAAUUUCAGCAUCCGUCCUCAAGUGCGGAGCAGCCGGCUGGCCAAACGUCCAACGCCCCUUUGGUAAGAAGUCACUCCAUGCCGGCCGCAGCCAGUUCAUUCGACGCCUCCAGCGGUGGCCUCGGUAAGUUCCGCUUAACUCAGUCCUUCGACGAACACCAGCCGCCUGAAACGCAGGCGUCCCGUCGCUACCGGAUGCUCAGGCGCCAGCCAGCUAUUGAGAUCCCGCUUGGUGGGGAACUUUCGAGAGAAGAACGAGAGGGUUCUGGUUUACUUCACCCCGACAGGGUUACCGCCGUGCCUGACCACAGGCAAAGCCAACCGCUGCCAUAUGAGUGCGAGGCCUGUGGCACCGGAUGCAAUGAUUGGGAAGGUUAUAAGAGACACAAGAAAAGCCUGUGCUUAGCGCAUCGUCCCAAAAACGACGUGGUCGUUAGUCAAAUGGGGGGCUCGCCGCCAACAAACCAUGCGGUCAGAGCGGGAGCUUCAGCAAUGCGCAAGAGAAGGAAAGAAGAGAGUUUAGAAUUGGAUGAUCCCUCGUCUCCUUCGUUACCUUCUACUGCCCUGUUGCCAGGACAGUGUAGGGACGAGAGCAAUGUGGCUUAUGAGGGGCCCAGAAGACCUGCUCUUCAAACCUGUUCUGUAAUCCAACACACUCGUUCCUUUGAGAAACAGGAAUCGUUUUGCAUCGACGGACUAGAGGCACCAAAAAACUCUCCACUUCACGAAGAUUAUCAGAGACAACCCCAACAUUCGACAAAACCAGCGACUGGACAGCUGGCCGCCCAACAUGGUGUGCGGGUCCCCGAAAUACUGGUCACAGAGGAUCCCAACGUGAGCGCGUCGACCUCGAUAGAGCCAACACCCUCAGUGAAACCUCCAGAGAAAGCGGAGGAAUUUCAGUGGCCGCAGAGAAGCACCUCUCUGUCCCAGCUCCCCAUCGAAAAGCUCCCUCCGAAGAAGAAGCGCCUACGUCUAGCCGAGGCUGCCCAAUCCUCCGGGGAAUCCAGUUUCGACUCCGUGUCCCUGCCCCGCAGCCCUAGUCAGGACAGCAGUGCGUCUUAUGCGUCCAGCCGUUCCACAUCCUUCGAAGAGUCGAACAGACCCGACCUGGAGACGGCGGGUCCGACCCCGCUGAGGAGGUCCAGGGCUCCUCACAUGUUGACGGUGCCCGGGGCGCAUCAGCAGCGAGAGAUGAGGCGCUCCGCGUCGGAGCAGGCGCCUCACGACCCGCAGCGGAGUGUCCUCAUGGCCGAGGCCCGCAGUAAGUCCUUUGACUACAGCUGUCUGUCCCCCGAGCGCUCGGCAGUCGGCUGGAGGGAGAGGAGAAAGUGUCUCCUUGUAAGGCACACUGCCAUUAGAGAUCCAGAUGAGGAGGCGGAAGAGGAGAAGCAGCGCACCGCGCCGAGCCAAAGUCCCGAACGCGUGAGCUCCACCGCGUCUUCUAAAGUCGGCCCGGCUUCUGUGCAGUGCAGCAGGUCCCCCGCCUCGCCUUUGUCGGGUGACGCAGUCACGCGUAAGCCGGGGAGAUUGCAAGGCGAAGACAUCUUCUCUCAGUGGAAGCUCGGUCAAAACGUUCAGUUGACAGGCAGCGCGGAACGUAUCGCGUGUAUAGAUCCCGUAAAUGAGGCCUCACGCGUCGACGCAGAGCAGCCGCCUCUUCGGACACCGCGACACUAUCCUCCACACGGACCAUCAGGGGCAGCCAGGGCUCACUAUCUCCCCAUGUCUACAGGGCUGAAGCUCGAGAUUCCCUUACUGCGCGGUGAUUAUUCAGAGGUCCGGCUAAAUCCCUCGCACAUCCAGCCCGCGGCCUCCCCUCACAUCACUUCCAGCCUGGAGCUCCUGAGGCCCGUCCCGUCUCCAGCAGUAGCGGUGCGUCUCCAGACGGACACGCUCAACCUGGCGUGUGCCAUUUACACUUCGUUUUCUCGGUCCACCUCCCCAAGGCCCCAGGAGGCGGUCGAUGCUGUUUCACAAAACACGGGCCACCCAACAGCUGAAAGACAACACAGGAACACCAGUACAGACCCUCAAACGUGGUCGGACGAUGGCCUGAGGGUACCAGGCUCAGGGGGCAACAAGCGCAUGCUCUCCCCUUCAAACAGUAUGGAGCUCCCACCCGAGUCACAGCAGCAGCAGAAACGAGUAAAGGAGGAGGAGGAGGAGGAGGGGGAGGUGGGACGUGCCGACGGGGCAUCCGUGGACCCUCGCAAUCAGGUACUCAAAAGGGAAAAUCAGACACGUCUACCCAGUGUUUGUUCUUCCAUUGCACAUGUUGGCCCCUCGUACCCCGGUCUGCUGUCCAGCACCUGUAAUAGCUGGUGCUAUUUAAACUACAUUAAACCGAACCCUUGUACUCUGGAUGAACAGAAGCCCUCAGUGUACUCGUCGUGGUCCACCAGCGGCUAUGACCCCAACCCGCCUGGCCUCUCAAGCCGGACGGCUCUCUCCUUGCUGCAGUGCAAGCAGAGGCUCAGUCCCUCCAUCUACACCGUAUCCCCCAUGUCAGUCAGGACGUCUGAGUCCAUGGAGCAAGAGGACACCAAGAGGCCGUGCUCCACUGAGGUUUACAACAGCCACCCGUACCGCAGGGACCCCGAGGGAGCGACGAAGGGACAGCUGUCAGCGGACGGCAACGGCUCCCACAGAGAAGGAGAGAGGGAGGAUGAGAGGAAGAACGCGGAGGAGGAAGCACAGUCGGGCUCCAGAAACAAACCAGCUCCCGAAGUUUGGAGCUCGGAGCGAGGAUCAAAUGAGAAGCGUGCUCUCGUGCACUGCGGCGGCGGCGGCGGAGAGAGGUGCCAGUGUGUGGACUGCCCAUUCAACCUUAAGAGUACCGCCAGUGUGCUGCAAAAGUGCCCCCGUCGCAUCACAGAAUCCCCACCGCGUGACUGCGAACACUGCUACCUUUCUGUCGAGGCCGAAGGAGUCUGUGAAAAACGUCGCCCGGAUGAACAAAAAGGUCCUGAGGAUGAGCAUGCAAGGGAAAAAGAUGGCAGACCUGAUGAAGACAACAGGGUCGAGGUGGCUGAAAGCUCUCACACCGCCUCUCCUGACAGCGGGGAACCUCCCCCGGGAGGCCGGUCGAUGGAGCCCGAACCCGGCCGGUCCGUCACGCUUUCCCCCAAGAGCUCGGCCAGCGGCAGGAGGGCCUUGUUCGCGCGCAGGCGCCUGGACGCGUCCACGUCGGCGUCCUCCGAGGGCUCCCGCUCUCCGCGCCCUCGACCCCUGAUGCCACGCGGGGACCCGUCUCCACCCCGGAGCCCGUCACCCAGAGCGCGCCGGUCCCCCGCUCCCCUCUCCUCCCCGUCCUCGCCCAGUUGCCAUGUCUCCAGCUCCACUCUGAGACCAGUCGUCCCGGUGAGAGGUCUUUCUCCUGUAACGGUCCAGCCCCACGGGUCAGAGUCCCGUGGGCCUGCGGGCUCCUUCGCGGACCUCUUCGCUCCGUCUAAAGCUCGUCUUCACCCGGGAGGCCGAUCGGCUAACGCAAGACCGUCUCCGCCCGAGGAAGGUCAGACCCCGGCCCCUCCGCCCCCCACGCGGCCCCGGGGGGCCCACACCCUCCUGAGUCACCUGCCUCUGCACUCCCAGCCGCCGAGCAGGUCGCCGAGCCUCCUCAUUCCCAUCGGUGGGAUCCACAUGAUUCAGCCCAGGUCCACCCUCCCUCUGUACAGCCUGGUGAGCAGCCCCGCGGCGGUCUGCCUCGCCGGCCGAUCCCGGACGCUGAGUGACCCUCCGAAGGGGGGGCUCCCUCCGCCGCCACGGCCCGAGCCGUCGGAAACAGUCGACCGUCGGGGGCGCCUCGGGGCCCGGUGCCCGGCGAGUCCCGGGACGGAGACGGGGAUCCCGGAGGUCAUCGCAGAGGUGCGCGUUUACCGCGAGGAGUCCACCCAAGGCCCAAAAAAGGCUCCUUCCUCCCAGACACAACUCUGAUAGGAGGGAGAGUCCGAAGGGACGGACCCAAAGACCAGAGCCUGUUUUUUUUUAAAACGCAGCACUGGUUUGGAGGCCGAGGACGAAAGGCGAGGGCACCGCUUCUGAAUGAUCCUGUUAUGUAAUUAUAUGAAUAAUAUAUAAGCACUAUGUUAGAUAUGCAGUAUGUUUUGUAAAUCUUUUUUUACCCUCUUGUUUGAUGUCAUCGGUGUUAAUUUAUUUAUGUGCUAUUAUGCAAAUUCUGUACUAUAUGCAAAAACAGCUGGAAUGAAAAUAGAUAAAGUUUUAAUCAGUUUCCCUAUUAACCCAUUCAACAGCUCUAAUAUAAUAUUGCUGUGUUUAUGUACUGUAUUACAAAAAUGGAUAUAGAAAGGUACCACAAAUAUUUAUUUACCCCGACCAGUAUUUUAAAGUGCAAUUUCAUGUCAAGAUUGUGGGUUUGAAAUGUCAUUCUUAAACGCUGUGAUUAUUAUUAUUUGUCAGGUUUUUUUGUUUUGUUGUUGUUGUCUGUUGUUUUUGUUCAAAGAAGCAGGGUUACGAUCACCUCCUUUUCUAUUGUCUUCAGGAAAAGAGUUUUCAGAUGAAGACAUUCGGAGUGCACUGACAAAUAAUUUGAUACCCAGAGGAAACCUGUUUCACGUAUAUGGUAGCUACGGUACGGUUUUUUUCAUAAAACAGAUACAUGUAUUUUUGUGUUGUUGCUUUUAUAAAUGAUACAAUCACUCUCUGUCCUUUUCAUGUUUGCCAUUAAACUUCUCAUUUUUACAGAUUUAUAUUAAAACUGUUUUACACGCGUCCUCUU